GAGAAAAGUAGAGUAUAGACGGAGUUUGGAGCAGACGUCAGAAAUAACCUAUAGUGAGUGAGUGCAGGGAGUAAGAGCCAGUAGCGCAGUGUAGAAACAGUGAACCCUAGAUUAGACUAAUUGUUUGCUUUGGUUAUGGUAAUGGCAGAAGAAGAAGAUCAAGUCAAACUCAAUCCCAAGUCGCCAUGGAACAAGCUCCAUUCCUCCGCUUCCUCCUCCUCCUCCUCCUCUGAUUCCUGGCCUGCUCUUUCCGCCGCUCAGUCUCCGUCUCCUCCGCCGCCGCCGCCGGUGUCAAGUGAACUGCAAAAAUUGAAUGGACAAUCAAAUUCUAUUCCUUCUCAUAAAAAUUCAUCAUUUCGCCGCCAAAAGUCAGGUUCUAAGCGAAACCCAAAUGUCGCAGGCUCUUUUCAGGUACCAUUACCCUCUCAUCAACAAGGUGCUUCACCGUUGUUCCAUACUGUGGUACCUCCAUCACAUGUCCCUAUAGCUGGAUAUGCCUACCAGCCAUUGCCAGGAUCCUUUCCAAGUAUUGAGGUCCCUAUGCAAGCUUUUGUUCAUCCAGCAUAUGGUAGCAUACCUCCAGCUUGGGGUGAAACCAAUGCGUAUGUUGCUGAUUUUUCGACUAGAAGACCAAAUUUGCAUGAACCUAGUAGCCAUCCCUAUCCUGGAUGGAAUAAUCAACAACCCUAUGGUUCUAACAAAAAUAUCCUUGGACAACAAGGUGUUGGACCUAGAGCCUUUGUGAGGCCUCCAUUCAUCGGACCAGCUCCAGGCUUCAUUACAGGGCCUAUUUAUCCUGGUGCACCUGGACCUAUGUACUAUAUUCCUGGUCCACAGCCAGGGUCUAUCAGGAUGCCUCAGCCACCCUUUUUUGUUGCUCACGCUAAAUCGGGGGUUUCCACAGUUCCACCAAUCUCACCAGAGUCUGAUUCUUUGCGAUCUAACAUUACAAAGCAGAUUGAAUACUAUUUUAGCGAUGAAAACCUCUUGACUGAUAAAUUUUUGCUUUCUUUGAUGGAUGCCCAGGGUUGGGUUCCAAUAUCUAUAAUCGCCGACUUCAAAAGGGUUAAAAGAAUGAGUACAGAUAUUCCAUUUAUUCUUGAUGCAUUACAGAAUUCAAGUACUGUGGAAGUGCAGGAUGAGAAAGUCAGACGUCGUGAUGAGUGGUCAAAGUGGCUUCCAGCUUCAGUGGGCAAAAAUGAAGGAAUAGAUACACAGGAAGAACACAUGAAAAGGGUUAUCAAUGAUACAAAGAAUACUGAGGUCAGUGAAGUAAUGGAAGUGAAAACAUUUGAAGUUUCUCAUAGUGAAUCUGUGAGCCAUAACAGCUCGUCGGGACUCCCAAAACCAGACAUGGAAAUAACAGAAUUAGUUGAUGGUAAUGUAACAAACGAAAGGAGGAAGUCUGUUCUUCAAACUCAAGGAACUUGUGGACCGAAGAUCCAGUCAGAUUCCAACUCAUCUGUCAAGUUUCCACAUAAUGUACAUGAUUCUGGUUCAGUUGGAGUCCCUUCAAAACAUCAUAGUUUCAAUGAUCCUGAAAGUGAAAGUACGCUGGUGCAUGAUGAUGUCAGUGCACAAAUUCGAGAAAGACCAUGUAAUGAAUUUUCGGGUACAUUUAUGUUUGAUGAAGAUAUAGAACUUGAGCUUAAAGCAACAGAUGAUCACACUUCGUCUUCACUAAAAAGAUCUCAAGGGACCUAUGAUGAGGAUGAUGAAAUGAUUGUCAAUGAUCAAGCGGUUGAGAGACUUGUUAUUGUAACUCAGAACAACCGACUACGCGAAGAACCCAAAGCUGGCGUAAAGGAAUCAGAAAACAUAUCAAAUGAGCUUGCCUCUGCGAUAAAUGACGGCCUCUACUUUUAUGAGCAGGAACUGAGGGCUGAACGGUCUAAUCGUAGAGGUAAUAGCGCAAGUAACGACUCUAAACAUGGAAAUUCAAAGUCCAAUCCUGGAACACGAUUGGUAGCUGCAGACAUUCUUGCUGAGGGCAAUGGGUGUGAAAUGCUGGGAAAUGAAAAUUCUCGAAGGAAACAAAAUAGAGGCUUUUCGAAGAAGCAGCCCGUUCAAAAACAACGGCUAUUCUCAAGCAAUUUCAGAAAUCAUGGAAGUUCACGUAGCUCUGCUGGCGUCAUAUCAGAAAGUCCGCCUAGUAGUUCAGUUGGCUUUUUCUUUGGUUCUACUCCACCAGAAAAUUACAGCUUGAGAUCUUCGAAGUUAGGUACUGUAUCACAAGGCAACCUUUCUGGUAGUAGUCCACCAGUGGGAUCAAUGCCAAAGUCAUUUCCGCCUUUUCAGCAUCCAAGCCAUCAGCUUUUAGAAGAAAAUGGUUUUAAGCAGCAAAAGUAUAUGAAGUAUCAGAAGCGGUGCCUAAGUGAUAGAAAGAAAUCAGGUGUUGGUUGCAGUGAGGAAAUGAAUACAUUAUACAGAUUUUGGUCAUAUUUUCUUCGAGAUAUGUUUGUCCCUUCUAUGUAUAAUGAUUUCCGCAAAUUGGCAUUAGAAGACGCAGCAGCUAAUUAUUAUUAUGGAAUAGAGUGCCUAUUUCGUUUCUAUAGUUAUGGUUUGGAGAAAGAAUUCAGAGAGGAUCUGUAUAAGGAUUUCGAAGAAUUGACACUUGACUUUUACAAUAAAGGGAAUCUUUAUGGCCUCGAGAAGUACUGGGCUUUUCACCACUAUCGUAAGACAAAUGACCAAAGAGCAUUAAACAAACAUCCGGAGUUGGAUAGGUUGCUCAGAGAAGAUUACCGUAGCUUAAAAGAUUUCAAACGAAUGAAAGAAAAAGUUAAUGUGGUGAAACGAGAUGGUCAGUAGCUUCUUGGAGGGGGUUCUUUCAGCUUCUUCUGCCAAAUUUCUCCCUGUCGAAACAAACAAAUUAACUGUAGCUUGCACUGGGCUAUUUCAUUAGCUUCUUUGGCUGAUCCUUCCCCCUUUUUCAGAAUGGAGAGUGAUAUAUUAAGGGCCUAUAUCCGUGUGUAAAUUUAAGGAAGGUGUUUGUAUAUUGAUUAGCCCAAUUUUCCAAAAGUUCUGCUAAACAUUUUCUUGGUGUAACUUUUCUUUAGCAUUCCGGUAUUUUGUACGUGGGAGUUGCUGCCAUCUGCUGGCACCUAGGGGAUUCUCCUUUCCGGAUUGUAACUUGUAAAUAUUUUUUUUUUCUCAAACACAGAAUUAGAAGAGGACAGGAAAAACUCGAACAUUUAAAUUCUGCUGGCUAAAGAAUCUUGGCUAAUAAAAUGUCUGAAUACUUUUCUUC